GAGAGCAUGGAAAGUGCAUUGCGUGCAUGUUGCAAAGGAAUCAAAAUUGGAAAAAUUCUAAUCCAUCGUGAUGGAGACAAUGGAAAAAGGUAAUGAAUGGGUGUAUCUAAAGUUCAAGAAAUCUACUAGAUUCUCCAUCGAAAAUUUUUUGUGUGUAUAUAACUAAGGUAUGCCAUUUCAGCUUAUAUAUGAGAAACUUCCCAAGGAUACUUCAGAACGUCAUGUCCUGCUUCUAGAUCCUGUUCUUGCUACAGGAAACUCUGCUAACCAAGCUAUUGAACUACUCAUACAGAAAGGGGUUCCAGAAUCGCAUAUCAUAUUCCUUAACCUCAUAUCUGCCCCUGAGGGAAUCCACUGUGUUUGCAAACGGUUCCCGUCUUUGAAGAUUGUGACUUCAGAGAUUGAUGCUGCACUGAAUGAAGAAUUCCGUGUCAUACCUGGAAUGGGUGAGUUUGGUGAUCGUUACUUUGGUACUGAUGAUUGAUCAAACAUAUGGGAUAUGUAGAUCACA